CCACGCCCAUCAUUUCAUCCCAGCAUGCAUAGCUUCAAGUCAUGGACCAAAAUGACAAUGACCUUCAAGGAACUGAUGGUUCAGUGGCCCUUGGAGGUCUUGAUGUUCGCAGGCAGAUCCCAAUCAAGUUACUGUCUAAACAGUCGAUAAGAGGCAAACCAGCUACCCGACCUCAGCGUUCCACUACCAGACUGCACUCAAAGAGCGAUGAAGAGUCUUUCAACUAUAAGCAGGAGGAAAGGUUUGAGUGCAAGUCUGGAGAUGCUUAUGGAAACCAGCGCAGAUACCCUCAACCACUAUUCUGGGAUUAUAAGCUCAGUUUGGUGGGAGCAAAAGAUGACACUCCGGUUCAUUUUUGUGACAAGUGUGGCCUGCCAAUAAAGAUCUAUGGACGAAUGAUUCCCUGUAAACAUGUCUUCUGCUAUGAUUGUGCAGUGCACUAUGAGAAAAAAUGUGACAAGAUGUGUCCUGGUUUCUCCCUCUAUAGCUGCACAGACCCAGUCCAGCGCAUCGAGCAGUGUCACCGUGGUUCCCUGUUCAUGUGCAACAUCGUGCAGGGCUGCAAACGCACCUACCUCUCUCAGAGAGAUCUACAGGCCCACAUCAACCAUCGCCACAUGAGGGCCAGCAAAUCCGGAAGCUCCCGCCCAGACCCACCGCACCCCACCAUGGCCUCCGAUCCACCAGACUGCUUCCGGUUACCGCCACCACCCCACCUGUCCAAGGCACACCCUCUGAUCCCUCCCCCCUUGCAAGGUCAUGACACUUACAACCAGCCACCGCCACUCUCGCCCUCUUCCUCCGACCUGGGACCUUCUCAGAGGCCCCUUCCCCCAGAGACCUUCCGCAUCGCUACGCUAACUACACGUAAGCAUAGCAACCUCAUCACAGUGCCCAUCCAUGAUGACUCUAGGAGCUCUGGUCCCGCCCCCCGUGAGCCCCACCCACAGACACCUCCCGGCCCACCUCCACACCUUCACCCUGGGGAUUACUCCAGCCAGCCUGUGGUAUCCCACCCGCACCACAUAAUGCCCCCGCCGCAACAACCACAUUACGGGCCACCACCGCCGCCACCCCCUCUUAGCAUCACCAUGCAGCAUCCGCCCCAGGGCUCGGCCACACCUCACAUGGUUUAUAACCAAGCACCACCCUUGUCAACGGCUCCCCUGCCAAUCACCCCUCCACUCGGACACAUCAUGAGCCAGAUGCCACCUUAUAUGACUCACCCACCACCUGGUCCAAUUCCCCAACAUGGGGGUCCACCUGCCCCUCCUCACCACUAUAACCCAAACUCCAUGCCACAGGAUCAAGGCACUCUUAGCCCUCCAUUCACCCAACCAGGAGGUUUGAGCCCAGGGUUGUGGCCCAAUCCACGUUGCCCCCAUCCACCUCGUAUGCAGGGGCCGCCACCCCAGGGACAGAUGCCUGGGCCUCACCACCCUGACCAGUCACGUUACAGGUCAUAUUACCAGUAGCACCCUGCCUGUGUGGGCUCUAUGAGACGGUUUGAGCGUAGAUAGCGCCAUUGACUGGAUUGAGUAAGCUGCCUGAGUUCAGUGUCACUAUGUGUCUUUAAUGAUGACUUGAUUUAUGAUUCACUUUGCUGGCUAUUUUGUAUUAAUGUCCCUUAUUCAGGACAUGUCAUGGAUAGUAAGAAGAACGGGGUUGUUGUGAAUGGCAAAAAAUGCAGUUUCAAUUCAUUUGCUACAUUUUGUUGGUUGAGCAAUUUUUGUUCUUAACACAUGAGUUUUCUUUUAAACAUUUUAAAGGAUAUUGUAACCAACAACUGCAAUAAAUGAAACUUGAACAUGUGGAUUUCAUGUUGGAUUUAUGACUAUGACUGAAUUGCAUCCCUUUUUGAUGCACAGAAAUUGUAUUAUGUUCUUUAAUACAAGGUCAAUAUUGUUUCAUAUUGUGGUCAAAAUACCGGCAAUAUAUUACUAUUACUAUUGG